UAUAAACGGGUUUAAAAGAACGUUUCCUCACCCGCCAAAAUAGCAUAAAAACAGGACGGCAGCAGAUUCAUGGCACACUUUCAUGGAGACCAAACAACCCCAUAAACUCCCACAUUCUCCGGCCUACAAUUUCCUUCUUCAAGCUGGACCACGUCUCUAUCUUCUCCACCAAGUCCAUGCCCACAUUGUAGUCUCUGGCUAUGGUCGCAGCCGAUCUCUUCUUACUAAGCUUCUCAAUUUAGCUUGCGCUGCUGGCUCCAUUAGCUACACGCGCCAAAUCUUUCUCGCUGUCCCAAAUCCAGAUUCUUUCCUCUUCACUUCCCUUAUCAAAUCCACCUCCAAAUCCCACAACUUCUCAAUUUACUCCCUUUACUUCUAUAGCCGCAUGCUCCUUUGUAAUGUUUCACCUUCAAACUAUACGUUUACGAGUGUGAUUAAAUCUUGUGCUGAUUUAUCGGCUCUGAAACAUGGUAGGGUUGUACAUGGGCAUGUUUUGGUUCACGGGUUUGGAUUGGACGUGUAUGUUCAAGCUGCUUUGGUGGCUCUUUAUGGGAAGUGUGGUGAUUUGAUUAAUGCGAGGAAAGUGUUUGAUAAAAUACGUGAGAGAAGUAUUGUGGCAUGGAAUUCAAUGAUUUCUGGGUAUGAGCAAAACGGGUUUGCUAAAGAGGCAAUUGGGUUGUUUGAUCGAAUGAAGGAAACGGGUGUUGAACCGGAUUCGGCCACAUUUGUGAGUGUUUUAUCCGCUUGUGCUCACUUGGGUGCAUUUAAUUUAGGGUGUUGGGUGCAUAAGUAUAUUGUUGGUAAUGGCUUAGAUUUGAAUGUGGUGCUUGGUACUUCGUUGAUUAAUAUGUAUAUAAGGUGUGGGAAUGUGAGUAAAGCGCGAGAGGUUUUUGAUUCGAUGAAGGAAAGGAAUGUAGUGGCUUGGACGGCAAUGAUUUCUGGGUAUGGAACAAAUGGUUAUGGUAGCCAAGCAGUUGAAUUGUUUCAUGAAAUGAGAAGAAAUGGAUUAUUUCCUAAUAGUAUUACAUUUGUUGCUGUUUUGUCAGCAUGUGCUCAUGCAGGGUUAGUGAAUGAAGGGCGCCGGUUGUUUGUAAGCAUAAGAGAAGAGUAUCACUUGGUUCCUGGGGUGGAGCAUCAUGUUUGCUUGGUGGAUAUGCUUGGUCGUGCUGGACUUCUCGAUGAAGCAUACAAUUUUAUCAAAGAAGAAAUUCCUGAAAACCCAGCACCUGCUAUUUUGACGGCGAUGCUUGGAGCUUGCAAGAUGCAUAAGAAUUUUGACCUUGGAGCACAAGUUGCUGAGCAUCUCUUAGCUGCCGAGCCAGAAAAUCCAGCUCAUUACGUGAUACUCUCAAAUAUAUAUGCUUUGGCAGGUAGAAUGGACCAGGUGGAAAAAGUCAGAAACAAUAUGAUUCGAAAAUGCCUGAAGAAACAAGUUGGCUAUAGUACAAUUGAAGUGGAUCAAAAAACUUACUUGUUUAGCAUGGGGGACAAGUCUCACUCUGAGACAAACGCGAUUUAUCAUUUUCUAGAUGAGUUGAUGUGGAAGUGUAGAGAAGCGGGUUACGUGCCAGUAUCUGAUUCAGUGAUGCAUGAAUUGGAAGAGGAGGAGAGAGAACAUGCGCUUAGAUACCAUAGUGAGAAGCUUGCAAUAGCAUUUGGGUUAUUGAAAACGAGCCAUGGAACUCCUAUCAGGAUAGUGAAGAACCUUCGAAUGUGUGAAGAUUGUCAUUCGGCCAUUAAAUUUAUUUCAGCUAUCUCCAGUAGAGAGAUUAUUGUCCGUGAUAAGCUUCGCUUCCAUCACUUCAAGUUCGGCUCAUGUUCUUGUCUGGAUUACUGGUGAAGGCUCCCUUUGGCAUCUUUUAAUCAAAUAUGAAAUAAAUAUCAUUUUGCGAUGCCUUGAUGUACCUUUCAAAAGGGACUUGGAGACACAUCAAGAUUCAGUUGGUCAACAGGAGUCUCAUCAUAUUGUGAUUGGGAAAAGCAGAAACAAAUAUGAAGGGCAUCGAUUGUUCAUUCUCAGUCAGGAUCCUAUUCAGUUAGACAUGGAGGAUGAAGGAAUCAUCACCAAAUUCGCAGUAGCGGACCUAUUUCCUGAAAUGUGGUCAUUAGCCAAUUCCUUUUUGGAUCAUCCCAUGAGAAGGUACUUAUUCCUCGGUGUUCCUCGAUAAGUAAUAAGCCACCCGGAAAAGCCACCCGGCCAGCAGAAAACUGUGCUGUUCAUCGUGUGAUUGGUGGUCUAAGGCACUCCAUCAACAGCAAAGGCAGGAGUAAAAAGAGAAGGGAAUAAGAAGACCAACCAUCAAUCGUGCAUUUUUUAUUAUUUUUUUUUAAAGGUUUUGUUAAUUCAGUUCCGUGCAUAUGGAAAGAUUUGCCUGGCAAUUUCCAGCAUUUCCGCGGGACAGUAUUUUGCA